AAUAAAUAAGGUUUGGUAGGGUGUAUUUUCUUGUUAGAAGGGAAUGUGUAGUUAGUGUGUACAGUGUAGCUCCCAGAGAGAGAGAGAGAGGGAGACUUUCACCUUGUAGAGAGAGAGAGUCAAGAAUACAAAAAACUUUUUUGCUGCUCUGAACAUUUUUUUGGUAUUUCAUAACUCACUCGCUUCCCGUUUUAUCAUAUUUACAGUCACACCUCUUGUACCGCCUCUUAACUGUGUUUACAUAUUGUGAUUUUGCUCAACUAAGCACCUGGAUUUGCCUGACUCUCUCUCUCUCUACCCAUUUUGCGUGAACAGCUUUUGGGUGUGGGGUAUAUGGAUUUUUGACUUUAGAGAGAGCUUCCCCUGCUUUCAUAUUUGGCUUUUGCUUUACUUCAGCUGCUAGUUAAAAGUGAGAGAAAGCAAGCUCUAGAGGAAUCAUGGCAGGUGGAGGAGGAGGAGGAGGAGGAGGAGGCGGUGGAGCUCCAAAAGUAGAUGAGCCACAGCCACACCCACCAAAAGAACAGCUCCCCAACAUUUCUUACUGCAUUACAAGUCCACCUCCAUGGCCCGAUGCCAUUCUCCUUGGUUUUCAACAUUACAUUGUCAUGCUUGGAACCUCAGUUCUCAUUCCCAGUGCUCUUGUUCCCCAGAUGGGAGGAGGAAAUGAGGAGAAGGCCAAGGUGAUCCAGACCCUACUCUUUGUUGCUGGUUUGAACACAUUGCAACAGACAUUGUUUGGGACCAGACUACCAGCAGUGAUUGGCGGGUCGUAUACGUUUGUCCCCACCACAAUUUCAAUCAUAUUAGCUGGCCGAUUCAGUGAUAGUGACGACCCUAUAGAUAAAUUUAAGAGGACAAUGCGGGCAAUACAGGGUUCUCUUAUUGUUGCUUCAACUCUUCAGAUAGUCUUAGGCUUCAGUGGCCUUUGGCGUAAUGUUGCAAGGUUUUUAAGCCCACUUUCAGUUGUUCCCUUGGUAGGUCUAGUUGGUUUUGGACUCUACGAGUUAGGUUUUCCAGUGCUUGCCAAAUGUGUGGAGAUUGGACUGCCAGAGCUUGUCAUUUUAGUAUUUGUUUCUCAGUAUAUGCCCCACAUAAUUCACAGAGGAAAACCCAUAUUUGACCGUUUUGCUGUCAUAUUUUCUAUUGUGAUUGUAUGGAUUUAUGCUCACCUACUCACUGUUGGUGGAGCAUAUGAUGAUGCAUCCCCAAAAACACAGGCAAGCUGCCGAACUGAUCGUGCUGGACUUAUAAAUGCUGCUCCAUGGAUAAGAGUUCCAUACCCCUUCCAAUGGGGAGCACCUUCAUUUGAUGCUGGUGAAGCCUUUGCUAUGAUGGCGGCAUCUUUUGUUGCUCUUAUUGAGUCCACUGGUGCUUUCAUUGCUGUAUCAAGGUAUGCUAGUGCAACUCCAGUGCCACCUGCUAUUCUGAGUCGUGGAGUUGGUUGGCAGGGAGUUGGCAUUCUGAUUUCAGGCUUGUUUGGAACUGUGACUGGAUCCUCAGUAUCUGUAGAGAAUGCUGGUCUUUUGGCCUUGACACGUGUUGGUAGUCGAAGGGUUGUGCAAAUAUCUGCUGGGUUCAUGAUAUUUUUCUCCAUUCUGGGCAAAUUUGGAGCGGUCUUUGCAUCAAUCCCAGGGCCCAUCAUUGCUGCUUUGUAUUGUCUUUUCUUUGCUUAUGUUGGUGCUGGAGGCCUUAGCUUUCUUCAGUUCUGCAACCUGAACAGCUUCCGAACAAAGUUCAUAUUAGGCUUCUCUAUCUUCAUGGGACUGUCUGUGCCACAGUACUUCAAUGAAUACACAGCUAUCAAGGGUUACGGUCCAGUCCACUCAGGAGGAAGAUGGUUCAACGAUAUGAUCAAUGUCCCUCUGCAGUCGGAAGCUUUUGUCGCAGGAUGUGUGGCAUAUUUCCUGGACAACACACUGCACCGAAAAGAUAGUUCAGUUAGGAAAGACAGGGGUAAGAAUUGGUGGGACAAGUUCCGGUCGUUCAAGAGCGAUUCAAGGAGUGAAGAGUUUUAUUCUCUACCAUUCAAUCUAAACAAGUAUUUUCCAUCUGUAUGAAGCUCUUGGUUGUGAGUUUUAAGCUUAUGGUGUAAUGAUCCAUCCAUCCCAAGUUUUCAAUAACUCAUCUUUUUCUCACUCUUAGCGAAUAUAUAAUAUAAUCUUUUCCUAAAUAGGAUGCGGGUGUAGUACAUUUAUUUCGUUAUAUUCCUUGCUGUAAAUCCAACUGGGGUUGUGAAUUAAAGUUAGCAUUGAAGCAGUUUGUGUGCUCUCAAA